AUGAACUCAUUGCUACACCUGGACAAGGGCUGCCUCUGUUCGAUGAGAAUGCGGAAAGAGUCGUCAGUAGGCCAAGAAAAGCGACUCAGCAAAGAAAGUGCAUUGCCAAUAAUUGACGUUAUCGGCGUCCUCUCUGCGGCCAGCGAGCGUAGGGCGCAGUCCAGGACAGCGUCGGACGUCGUGCCGGGCCCGCUCCAGGAUCUGCGGGGUGCGGACGGCGCCCCGUCGAAGCGGGGAGGCCGGCACGGCGACAGGGCGCGUGUGCGGCGCAGCAUCGUGCAGCUGGCCAGCAUGCUCAAGUGCGUGUCCGGCUGCAAUCCGCUCAGCUACAGGGGCUACGGCUGCUUCUGCGGAUACAGGGGCGACGGCAUGCCCGUGGACCCCAUCGACAGUUGUUGCCUGGAGCACGACUGGUGUUACUCCCAGUCUCCCUGCUCCAAACUGUCUUUGUACCUGCUUCCGUACGAGUGGCACUGCCUCACACCGGGAAUGGCACACUGCGCGUACCCGGCAUCGCUGAGCCCCCACGCCCACUGCGGUCAGCAGUUGUGCCAGUGCGACCUGGAGUUCGCCAGUUGCGUGAGCCGCUACCCUUGUCCCCGGAGGCGGAUCUCGUGCCAGCACCGCAAGCUCUCCAUGAUCCACAGUCUUUUCAAUGGCAAGAAAAGAUAG